AUUUCUAUGGCCGCGACGGAUCAAUUGCUACAAGGAAAAUCAUCAUGACGACGAUGUCUCGAGGCAGUAUUUCUUCCGUCAAGAAGGCCGCGUCAACCGCGGAAGCUCCGAUCUGGAAAUCGUACCUGGCCAUUCGUUCGUCGACGCCCAGCGAUGUUCCCAAUGCCACCAACGUAUCAGAUCGUGUGAGUAAAUCUACUGCAAUUGGGAAUUCCCGUGGCCGGAAGAGAUCGAAGCCUUCUGGCGGAGCGCACGGGCCAGGAACGGGCAUCUGGAUGACCUUGGCCACCCCCUUGACUCGUGAAGAGGACGGCGGCGCCGUGCUGACAAGCGUGCGCCGCUAUUGGGAACAGCUCAGUGUCAAUGAGCGACAGCAGAUAUUGUUCUUGGACGAAGCGGAGCUCGUAAAGCAACUGUAUAAACUCAACCUGAGUUUGUUAUGCGUGGGGCUUAUGCAGCGCCAUCUCAAGACAUCCAAUCGAACAGCCACAGACGCAGUAGCAAACAAUAAGAAACCCGCCGCUGUGGCAUCGACGACAACAGCUUCAAAGAGUGUAGCCUCUACCCCAGUCGUGCAAGAGCAAGCAGCUACGCAGCCGUCAGCGCGUGCAGCGACAGACACUUCCUUGGAGAAAACGUACGAGCUUCUUGAAGCGAUGGAGUUCAUGGAUAUCGGCACAGGUAUUCUGACAGUGAAAACGGAGCUUGCCGAGGACACCGAUCGAUUGUUCACGCUUGUAGGAGACGUGUUAGCGGGAUUCUUAACGUCGAUUCACGUGCUCACAGAGAGUAACUUCAACAAGCUCUUCGUGACUGAAAGCGAGACUAUUAACACAUGGGCAAACUACCAGCGUCUAAUUGCGAUGCUAGUGGAACAGCUUAUUCUGCGAAGCUACGUCACUCAUUUGGAGAAAGAGGCGGCACUACAAAUGGAACAAUUGUUACUGGAAGUAUCACUGGAGGAUAAAGCAGCAGGGCAUACGUCAACAGGGAACUCAGCCUCCCACAACAAGAAGAAGAGCAAGAAGAAAAAGAAGAAAAAUUCGGCAGUGCAUGCAGACGCAGAUGUACAGCAAAAUGCUACUCCCGAACGCACCAAAGACCAAGCCAACCACGAGCCAACAACACGUAAUUCUGAUGGCACCCACUUGCUAGACAGCAUGAUAUCAGCAGAUCCAAGUGAUGAGACUCUGAUGGAGGAACCAGCAUUGGAACCGACACCUGAGAUCGAGUCUAUUCAUCCAGAAAGUGACUGUCAGUCAAAUUCAUCGACAGCUCAAACCGAUGAGGUCACGGUGGAAGAAGAUGAAGCUACUCCAGCAGAAGUGGGACCCUCUUUGAAAAAGCUGUCGGCUCUUAAUCCUAAUGCUCUGGUUUUCCAGCCGCAGGAGCAUGCAGUGGCAGUUGAAGAUGUGAGUUCUCGAAAUCCGUCUGCAGGCAAGCGAAAGUUCGAUGAAUACAUCGUCAGCGUGCCGUGGGAAGAUGUCGAAAGCGAUGUAGGCAGUGCCUUCGACAUUGGCAGCGUGGAUGGAGAUCUGUUUGACAGAGAAGAGGAAGCUGACGAUGAAGGCGCUCAGCAGUGGGGGCGGAGGAAGCAACGUAGACGGCAAGACGAUGCAGAGCUGGAGUGGCAGUUGCAACAGGUAUAUGCGGCAACGUCGUCACUCUUCGGCUGGGACUUUUUGCGGCAGUGUGAGCUGCCAGACCCUUGUGCUAAUCUCUCCUGGAGCGAGGAAACUCUGUGGAGAACGGCGCCGAAAGAGGUGGUGCGGUACUUUUCGCCUGGAAAUGGCGAUGCGUAUGCGAGAUUCCAUGUGCCACACUUUUUACCACCUGAAGCAAGUCCUCCACCUUCUCGAUACUACUUCAACCCAGGGCAGCCGAUGCCAUUUGGGCCUCCAUUGCUGGCUCCUAGAAUGGAGCUGAUGCCUCCUCAUCUUCACGGAAGCUUUGGCUAUCAAUCUCCAGAGUUCCCCAUGGUGGUGUCACCCGAUUUCUCCAUUCCACAAUAUCAAUCGACCAGCAAUGAGGAUCAGGUGGACAUUUAGUCCCAUCUAUCUGCGACGUGUGUGCAAUAAUUGUUUUAUAAAUAUAUAAAAAUAUUG